AUGAGGUGGAGGUGGUGCCAAAUUCAGUUUGUUAGUUUAACGGAUCUUAAAUUAAUAAGCUGGAAUUUGAGAGGGAUGAAUGCUUUUGAUAAAAUAUUGGCUCUUAAAAAUUUGGUUUUAGAGCAGAAGUGUGAUGUGUGUAUGGUGCAGGAGACAAAGAUGAUAAAAAUGAAUCAAUGGAUGGUCAGGCAAAUUUGGUAUGAUGCAUACUUUGAUUGGGAGUAUAUUCCAUCAACUGGUACUUGUGGUAGAAGUGGGGGUCUUCUUACUAUAUGGAAUAACAAUAAAUUGAUAAAGGAGGGUGGCAGAAUGGGUAAGAAUUCUAUCUCAACUUUAUUUUCUCAAAAGGAUGAUGGUUUUAAAUGGGAAAUUUGCAAUAUGUAUUCACCUUGUGGAUACAAUGAGAGGGCUGUGUUUUGGUCUGACAUGGAGGAGGUAAGGAAUUGGUGGAAUGGACCAAUCUGUUUUGCAGGGGGUGUGAAUGCAGUAAGAUGUGAUGAGGAGAGGAACAUGGGAGAAUGUGAUAGUAGGAAUACUGCUCUCCUAAACAAUUUUAUUACUACUCAAGAGUUAGUGGAUCUGCCUUUGCUUGGUGGUGCUUAUACAUGGUCUGAUAUGCAGGUGAAUCCUUUGCUAUGUAGACUAGAUAUAUUUUUUCUUAGUGUGGAGAUGGAUUUGUGGUUUCCUGCAGCAAUUCAGGUGGCUUUAACUAGCGUUACUUCUGACCAUAAGCCUAUAAUGUUGGUCACAAAACCAAACAUUGAUUGUAAACCUUAUUUUAAGUUUGAAAAUAGUUGGAUUAUGCAUAAGGACAUCUUGAGGAAGGUGGAGCAAUGGUGGGGGAUAAUGAAGUUUCAAAGGAUUCCUAGUUUUGUGUUUUUCAAGAAACUUCAGAACUUAAAAUACUUCUUGAAGAACUGGAGAAGGGAGGAGUUUGGUGGAGUUAAGAAGGAGAAGGAUGGAUUGACAGAGAAGAUAGAUUGUUUGGAUCACAUGGACGAAUCUUAUAGGUUGUCUCACGAGCAGUUUGAAGAGAUGUUAAAUUGUAUGUUGAGGUUGAAGAAUAUUACAGUCAGGGAGCUAGGAAGUGGCAUCCCAGGGCAAAGAAAAAUGAAUUUAGGUGGGGUAAUUCAAACACAUCUUACUUUUUCAGGAUUGCUAAUGCAAGGAAAAAGAGGAACACAAUUUUUAAACUUGAGAUUGAAGGAGAGGAAUGUUUUGACCAACAAAGAAUAA